AUGCCUCCAAAUACAACAGUAAACAUACUUUUCUACAAUUCAAAUGUACUUAAUCAAUUUUUUCUUCCUCUAAAAUUUCAGCUACUCUUAACUACACUUAUUGCCUUAGCGCAUAGCGCACGGCUGGAUAACAAAUAUCUCCCACCGCCAGCGAGUGCAGCUAGUGCUGGUGGUGGUCCUGGCUUGCAAGGCCCUGGUGGCAGCAAUUUUGGACUUGGUGGCUUUUCGGGUGCUGGUGGUCCUAGCCGUCCCAUAGGUGGCGGUGGUGCACCAGGUGGUGGCUAUGGGGGUGGCGGUAGCGCACCUGGCGGUGGUUUUGGUGGCGGCGCACGCCCUGGCCCUUCUGGUCCCGCGCAACCAUCCGGUCCGCCAAUACCAAUUUUAUCCUAUGUGAAUGAAAACGAUGGCGAUGGAAAUUAUCGCUUCAGCUAUGAAACCGGCAAUGGAAUUAAGGCGGAAGAGGAAGGUACCAUAAAAAAUAAGGGUUCGGAAAAUGAAAUCGCUUCGGUUAUGGGUUCAUAUUCGUACACAAAUCCGGAGGGUCAAGUUGUUGAGAUUACCUACCUUGCUGAUGAAAACGGUUUCCAACCAUCUGGCGAUGCCCUGCCUACGCCGCCACCGAUUCCGGAGGAGAUAGCUAAGGCUUUGGCAGCGCAAGGCAUUUCAGCUGCACCUGGCGGUGGUUACACGGGCGGUCCUGGCACUGGAGGUGGUGUAUUCGGCGGUGCUGGUGGUGGCACAGGCGCUGGCGGCUAUGGUGGCACUGGAGGUGGCGGCGGCUAUGGCGGUACAGGACGUGGUGGAGCUGGCGGUGGAUAUGGUGGUGGUACCGGAGCUGGUGGUGCUCCUGGUUUCGGUGGCGGCGCUGGAGGUCGUGGACCUGGUGGAGCGCCAGGAUAUGGCGGUGGUCCCGGUGCGGGUGGUGGUGCGCCAGGAUAUGGCGGUGGUCCCGGUGCGGGUGGUGGUGCCCCAGGUUUUGGUGGUGGUGCCGGUGCAGGUGGAGCGCCUGGAUUCGGUGGUGGUGCCGGUGGUCGUGGAGGCGGAGCUGGAGGCGCUGGUGCAGGUGGAUUCGGUGGUGGAGCAGGUGGUCGUGGUUCAGGGGGAAUUGGUGGUGGAGCCGGUGGACGUGGUGCUGGAGGAGCUGGAGGUGGAGCUGGCGGUUAUAACUAUGGUGCACCAGGUGGUGGUCCUGGAGGUGGCGGUGCACCCGGUUUCGGAGGUGGUGCAGGUGGACGCGGUCCUGGCGGCGCUGGUGGACCAGGUGGUUUUGGUGGUGGUCCCGGUGCUGGAGGAUCUGGUGGUCGCGGGCCAGCUGGUCAAGGUGGUGCAGGAGCUGGUGGCUACGGUGGUGGACCGGGUGCUGGUGGAUCGCCUGGAUUUGGCGGCGGUGCUGGCGGGCGUGGCCCAGCUGGCCCCGGAGGUCAAGGCGGUUAUGGUGGUGGCGCUGGAGCAGGUGGCGCACCUGGUUUUGGAGGUGGCGCUGGCGGUCGUGGUCCAGGCGGAGCUGGUGGUCCAGGCGGUUAUGGUGGUGGAGCUGGUGGUGCAGGUGGCGCGCCUGGCUAUGGAGGCGGCGCUGGCGGCCGUGGCCCAGGCGGAGCUGGUGGACCAGGCGGCUUUGGUGGUGGACCAGGUGGAGCUGGUGGUGCGCCCGGCUUUGGAGGCGGUGCUAGUGGUCCUGGUGGACGUGGUGGUGCUGGCGGUUUUGGUGGUGGUCGUGGAGGAGCUGCUGGACCUGGCACGCAAUAUGUUCCACCAGGUCCGGGCGGUGCUCCUGGUGGUGGUUCCGGGGCUGGGCCUGGUGGAGCUCCCGGUCGACAUGGGAGUGGCGAAUUUAAUCCCCAAACCGGCUAUAAUUACUAAACUGCGGUCGAUGACGUUAAACCUCGGGACGAUUGCCCUCCACAAUACGCUAACGCUAUUCCAAAAAACGCUGCCCCAAAUAUACCUGAAUACUCACAAGUGCGCAAUCGCUUAGAGAUGCGUAUGUAUAGUUUUUUUCCGGUUCAUUCAGACCAAAUGUGCCGCCUUAGCGUUUAUUUAUUUUCGCGAUUAUUAAUGCUUUUUUUAAAUGCUCGUAUAUUUCAUUUCAUCUGUCAAUUAAAUUCAUCCACUUGUACAUUUAAAUUUACUUAUACUUAUAAACAACUGUAUUGAUAUUUCCUGUAAGGAUGUGAAUGUUAUAAAUGGCUAGUGAAGAAAAUGGUAAAAAAAAAACAAAAAU